AUGUCUACACCUCCGAGAGAAACUAUUCAGAAACAAAUCCAACAGGACUGGGCGAACAGGGAGUACAUCGAAGUAAUCACGGGGAGCAUAAAGAAGAUCACAGACUUCUUGAACUCAUUCGACAUGUCCUGCAGAUCUCGCCUUGCUACUUUGAAUGAAAAGCUAACAUCAUUGGAACGAAAGAUUGAUUAUCUGGAGGCUUGUGUAACUAAAGGUGAAACACUGACAUAA